AUGUCCAGGCAAUCACCAGAGGAACCCGAGUAUGCCCAUUUUGCUAUGAUCUACAUAGAUAGCGAUGGAAAUCUUUGCCAAAGGGCCUCCGAUUCCAUUUCAGAGAGCCGCCAGACUAUUCUCUCUCCUAGGGUCACGGGUGAAUUCCUCCGAGCAGUGGCGAUGUCCAGAGAAGCCCACGCAGCACGAUGUCAAGUUUCUCCCGAGGUCCCAGUGCCCUCUAGUGGGCGGUCCCAAUUUAACAGCCACAACUCUGUCCCGUCGCAGGGGGAGCCCGUGGAUUAUAGUGGAAUAGGCCUGGGUAGUCAACAGGUGAUGCAAGUUCCAGCUCACCCAGAGUCUCCAUUUCGGCCGACAAUGUGGCCGUCAAGCGAGACUUGGCCUGUACAAGCCAGCUCACAGCCCAAGAAGAAUUCCGGAGGUCGGAACCUCAACUUGGCUUCACACCAAAGAGCCUUGAUCUCCGUAAAAGAGAGAGGUCUUUUGCGUCUCUACUAUGAGAAAAUCUUUCAAAACUUGCAACAAACAAACUGCCGAAUUAUCGCCAAAGCCUACAUCAAAUUGGUUGAGCCGCGCAAGCAAGUGAACUACCCAUACAAUGGACGGAAGAUUGUUGAAGGGAGAACUCAACAGCUUGAUCCGGAGGCAACUAAGCCACCGUGGUGGCCGCGUGGAGUGAGCCAUAGGGAGCCGGAUCAUCUUCCAAAAGUUGAACGAAUUCGACUUUUGGUAUACAUGCUCUGCGAGAUGCGCGAAACCCACGGAAUCACAAGCGCCAGAUUAAAACAAUGUGACCAGCCCAUUCGUCGUCAAAUCCUCCCGGUCGAGCGUCUACAAAUCUUAGACGAGGCAUAUCGAGUUCGCGAGGAGGAGGAAAAAUUUCUCGAUGGGAUUUCAGAUGGAAACCACGUGUGUAUAACUCGUAUCAAUCUUCCUCAAAUGGCAGAAGAUACAUCCAGCAGACAAAGCUCGCCAACCGAACCCGUCUCUUCCCAGAAUAUCGUCGAGUCCGAGUGCAGCGAUGGAAGCUCUGGAAUAGAUAUAACCCAAGUCACCUCCGGAGACCUGUCGAGCGCGCUACCUUACCAUAAUUCCAAUCCUUAUAGCCCAGCAAUGCACCUGGGCCCAAACACGCAAUACCAUUCUGUCUGCCCGUCCACAAACAUGUCAACAUCACCAUUGGAACUGAGGCCAAAACACGAAUCAUUAUCUUCUGGGGCACAUUUGAUUGAUCGGACAAGCCCCGUUAGCAUGGCGCACUAUCCAUGCCCUGGAGUUUCUGGCAUUCAACCAAACCCGAUGGAGUUCUAUGGUACCCCUGAUUUAUGCCAGGAUGCAGGUGUUCCAAUCACCCAGAGCUCGACGGAAAACUUGUCAUCGGAGACAAUGAUGCCAUACGGACACCCCUACUAUUUCCACUAUUGA